AUGGACGUAGACGGUUCAGCAUUUUCUGGAGAAAUAGAUCAAAAUCUUCUAUUACAAUUCAGUUGUAUGAAUACAACAGACCGUGAUGAAAUAAUUAAUCAAAUGCAAAGACUUUUAGGGCCAACAUUAAGCAAUAACACAGCAAGUUUUUUUCUCGACAUGACUAAUUGGAAUUUACAGGAAGCUAUAUGUUGUUAUUUAGAUUAUAGUUUACCACCUAAGACACCUUCCAUGUCACUAAAGGAAACUCAAACUCAAGAAUCAGCUGUUACACCAGGAACUUGUUUUGAACAAUGUUGGAGUAUUGCCAACACUGGGACAGAAGGGUGGCCAGGUAGCUGUAGAUUGGUACAAGCUGGUGGUGAAUGUUUCAGUGCAACACCUGUGUAUGUGCCACCAUUGCUUCCAGGACACAGUACAACAAUAUCAAUGAAACUAGUUGCCCCUACUAAACCUGGCUCAUUUAGAGGCUACUUUCAUUUAGUGAAUGACAAAAAUGAACAAAUAGGAGAUACAUUAUGGGUAGAAAUUAAAGUGGAAUCUGAAGAAACCAUGGCACUUGUUGACCAACUAGCCGCUCUGCCUAUAUCCAGUAGUAUAUUAGAAGAGCAAGCACAGGUGCCACAACAAGAUGAUCAAAUGUGUUGAUAUUUUAUCAAAUGUCAUGAGAUAAUUUUUUAUUAUUUUAAUUUUUUAGAAACUUAAGAAGUAUUUAAAAUAAUACUGAUUUGAAGAUGUAAUAUUGUUUUUAAAUAUGAAAUUGGAUGUAUCCUUGAAGAAGUCUAAUAAAACAUUUGAUCUUUUAUUGCUCAAAUAUUGGAAGCACUUUGUAAAUAUGUUCAAUUGAGUUAAUAAUUUAAACCAAGAUAUGAAAAUACACUAAUAUGAUGUAUGUAUUCUGUACUAUUUUUUAAUGUUCACAAUGGAGCAAAUAAUAAAAAAAAAAGUCUAUUAUUGUCAAGUUAAAUUUAUUCAAUAGUUAUUAUUCUAAAAAUAUUAUACAAAUAAAUGUACAAAAUAUUUUAUUCUAAAGUUGUAAGUUGGCAAUAUCUUUUAUAAGGGUGACAGAAACGGGAGUCGUAAACUGCAUAUACUUAAAAAUAUUAUAGGCAUAACUAUGUAUGUAGAUAUUGGUAUUUUUAUACAACAUAGUGGGAAAACAUAAAAUCUGCAUAUUAAGUCUGUAAGUAUAAUUAUAAUUUUUAACAAUUGUUCAAACUGUUAAAAAUUGUAUGUACAUAAUAAAAAUUGGCAAUAAUCAUGUUAAAAACUCCUUUAUAAUUAGCAAUAUUUUUCCUUUUGAGACUUAAGGGCAACAUUAUUCUGAGGGUUAAGGGAGAUCAUGAGCCAUUAUAAAGCCUGUGGCUAUACCCAAAAUACAAAAUUUUCCCAGGAAUAUUGAGUUUAAACCUAAAGUGCACUUUUAUGCCAAGGUUAGUUAAUUAUAAAAUAUAUUAAUAUUAAAAGUUAUCAUGUUAUAGAUACAGAUAAUUUUUUUUUGAAAAGAUUUAGAAUUAGAAUCAUGUUUACUUACAUAUGAAUCAUCACAUAUACAUAUGUUAUAUAAAAAAUAAGAAUGAAUUGCCAUUAUUAAUUUCUUUGAGGUGUUUAUUUUGUAAUAAUUAAUUUUAAUAAAUGGACUUUUUAUUA